AUGGCCGACGACGAUCGACGCUUCAUGGCCGAAGCACUCGCUGAGGGCGAGAGGGCGCUGGAGCGCGGCGAAGUACCCGUCGGGUGCGUUUUUGUCCUUGGCGACCGCAUCAUCGGUCGAGGUGGCAACCGCACCAACGAGCUCUUCAACCAUGCAGAGCUCGUCGCCAUCGAGGCAAUUCUCGAUGCCGGUCAUUCGUCCGAGGUGUUCCGUGACUGCAGACUGUAUGUAACCUGUGAGCCGUGCAUUAUGUGCGCAGCGGCUUUGGCACUUGUGCAGGUCCAAAGUGUUGUCUUUGGGUGUCACAACGACCGGUUUGGCGGCAACGGCUCCAUCUACGCCCUCCACACCCCCAACGCCCUGCCGCACGAGACACACCUUGGGUACCCUAUCACAACUGGAGUCAUGAAGGACGAAGCGGUUGCUCUCCUCAAGCAGUUUUAUGACCGUGGCAACCCCCGCGUCGAGCACUCGAAGAAGAAGCGCAAACACGCUACUGACUAA